AUGUCUGGUGAAGUUCCUACUUUCAAACUAGUGCUUGUCGGUGACGGUGGUACCGGUAAGACGACUUUCGUCAAGAGACAUUUGACAGGUGAGUUCGAGAAGAAAUACAUCGCUACCAUCGGUGUGGAGGUGCAUCCAUUGGCUUUCUACACCAACUUCGGUGAGAUCAAGUUCGACGUGUGGGACACCGCUGGCCAGGAGAAGUUCGGCGGUCUCAGAGACGGGUACUACAUCAACGCCCAAUGCGGGAUCAUUAUGUUCGACGUGACGUCGCGUAUCACCUACAAGAACGUGCCCAACUGGCACCGUGAUUUGGUGCGUGUGUGUGAAAACAUCCCCAUCGUGCUGUGCGGUAACAAGGUUGACGUGAAGGAGCGUAAGGUCAAGGCCAAGACCAUCACUUUCCACCGUAAGAAGAACCUGCAGUACUACGACAUUUCUGCCAAGUCCAACUACAACUUCGAGAAGCCUUUCUUGUGGCUCGCCCGUAAGCUUGCUGGUAACCCACAGCUAGAGUUUGUGGCUUCGCCAGCUUUGGCUCCACCAGAGGUGCAAGUCGACGAGGCCUUGAUGCACCAAUACCAACAGGAAAUGGAACAAGCCACCGCCUUGCCAUUGCCUGAUGAAGACGACGCUGACUUGUAA